AAAUUAUUACUCAACUUGCCUUGCUGGAGUUAGCGACCAUCUGAAAGCCGAUUAGCCUUGCAAUGGGUUUUGCGAAAGGUCUGCUGAUUUUCUUCAACCUUCUAAUCAGCAUCAAUGGAUUGAUUAUACUCGGCGUUGGAGUAUUCUUGAAGGUUCAGAAGGACGUGGCCACUGAUGAUUGGAAUGCUCAAGCGAUUGCGUUCAUCUUUAUUGGAGGGACCGUCUUCGCAAUAUCUUUUCUCGGCUGCUGUGGUGCAGUCAAAAAGUCUAAGUGCAUGCUUUACACGUUUGGGUCAAUCUUGAUUGUAAUAUUCAUUUUACAAACUAUUAUUGCAAUCGUGCUGUUGACGAGCAAGGACAAAAUAAUUGAACAUUUGAAAUAUGAUGUCUUUGCUAACGCUACAGCUGAAAACAGAGAAAACGAAGUAGUGAAAAGCAUCCAAACGAACUUGAAAUGUUGCGGAAUCAAUGGGACUGAAGACUGGGGAACUGUGCCUGAUUCCUGUAAGUACUCAGAACCAGGAGAAAACGAAAGUGUAGUAGUAUACACUGAUGGAUGUGGCGAAAAAAUCGAAGCUCUCGUGUCAAAAUACAGCAAUAAUGCCGGAGCAGGUGUGAUGGUCACUGCAUUCAUGGAGGUUAUUGGUGCUCUUCUAGCCUUCUACGUGGCUAAAAAAAUAGUUAAGGUUAAUAGAAAGAAGUGACAUCUAUGACAACAACACAGCAUUGCCGCAUGUUAAUCCUGCUUAUGAUAUAUAUGUAUCAAGAAAAAAUAAUGCACACACCCAUAUUUAUGUGUUCUACAUAUUAUAUCGCUUGAAAAAACUGUUUCACAUAGUCAUAACUAUAUAUAUAGGAUUGAUAUGUUUAAAAUAUUUGCCAUACUCGUGACCGCAUCGUUCAGAUCGUUGUUUAUAGGUUCAAAAAUGGUGCCAAGAAUGUUAUGUACAUCAUGUUAAAAUAGCAUAAUGCUACACUGCAAGUCAGGGGUGAGAAAAUGUCAGUGCGCUGCAUUGAGAAAAUCUCACCCCGUCGUAUGUCACUAUGCCUGGGGUGUCAAAGGUGAGUUUUUCGCACCGAGCAGCAGUGACAUGCGGCGGGGUGAUAUUUUCUCACUGCAGCGCAGUGUCAUUUUCUCACCCCUGACUUGCAGUGUAAAGUCAAUUAAAAUGAUCAUGUCGGAAUUUGUUCUCAUGUAUUUCAUAAAAAAACAUUUGUCAACCUUCGUAAUCUUAAAAAGCGUAAGAACAUAAUAGCGGGAUAAAAAACGUUUGUUACUGUAGUGCCUGUCAAUAGGUGGCACUACUCUCCUCCUCCUGUUCCCUGAGCUGUGAACCUUUCCUUAUAGUGUUAGUGACAUUACAAUACUUCCCUUUAGCGUGAUACGUCAUAUUUACUCACGCCGCAGACGCUGUGAAUAAUUUCGCUCAAGACUAUUUAAUUCGCUCGUCUGUGUAAAAUCGAGAAUAUAUUUUGUGAGCCCAAUUGUAUAAUUGACUGACCCGGAUUAACGGGUCCAAAUUUGAGGCAUUAAUAAAAGGCAUUCGAAAGA